CUUCGAGCAGCAGACUUCACAAAAACUUCAUCAACAAGAAAAAACGUGAAAAUCUUCAACAUCGGAAUGUCUAGGUGAAGGAUGUCGGAACGGACAAGAAACACACCACCGAAGAGGAGGAGAUAAAGAUGGCUCGGCUCCAGAAUGCAUUGAAAGUUGUUGGACGGUCGAAUGGAUUGAAAGCAACUGUAAAGAAGGAGUUACCCGGAAGCCCUGCCAAAAAGCAAAAACCGGCACCGGUUGCGCCGAAAAUUUUGGACUCCUCGAUCGGAAGACUCUCAAUUGCUAAAAAUAUACGGAUGGACAAAACUACGAUCAUCAUUGGUCACAAAGUUGCAGCUCCGAAAAGAGAAUCCGUCUGGAAUUCUGGAAGUUCACAAGAAUGACCUUUAGUCAUCCUAGCAAACGAGGCAACACUGGAAGAGGACGAAAAACGUUAAGAUUCCGUAUGAAGAUGUCAGAAAACCGAGUUAGGAGGAACUUGGAAUUAAAUUUUUGAGUUUUCUUUUUUCUAUAAUUUUUUAAGCUCACUUUUUAUUCUUUUUGUUGUUCUCCCACUUAGGCUAUGUUAAUAAAUGUGUUUUUGUUAA